UUUCCCCAGCAUUUCGUGCCAAGAACGCUGUGAAGUCAAAAAUCGACUGGUUUCGUUCUCAACUCAGGUUUCUCGAACAUUUAAUAAUAAGAAGAACGCUUUCGCGGAAAUGCAAUUUAUAUGAAUGUGUCACGAGUGUAGACAUUUCGGCACGAAGCCGAAGGGAAGUUAGUUCAAGUUACAGUCAACAGACUGCAAAGAAAUUUGUACAUUUUCAAAAGAUUCUUAUUAAGAACAAAAUACUUGCUACUAUCAUCUUGCAACUGAGGUGAAGAAUGGCUGGAAUCGAUGAAAUAACAGAAAAAGCAUCAAGGCUUACUAUUGGCAAAAAAACAGAUGAAGACUUUUACGGUCUGAAAGGUCUUAGUCCAGCCACAAUAUUGUAUCGUGUGUGUAGACCUGAUCAGGAUACUAAUAAGGAUAUUCUUUGCAAAGCGCAGCCUGGUACAGAUGAUGCGAAACGAACAGUUAAUCAGCACAUCCACAGCGGCACCAAAAAUGCUACACGAUUUAUAUCCACAACUGCCUUUUAUGAUGUAGCCAAGGAGUGGGCAUCUAAAACCAAGGAAGAACCAAAGAAUGUCAUACCAAGGCCAGGUGGACCAUUAUCUAUCAUCAAAAUCGACCUUUCAAGGAUGACCGGCAUGAACGAAUUAAAUAAUAUGAUUAAUCUGACAAAUGAAGAAGUGCGUGGUCAUUUCGUCAGUGGAGCCACUCAGAUUAACCGAGUGAAAAGCUCAAAGGAGGUCUUGUUCCAGUGGCGCAUACCAAAGAAGAACAAGUCAGGAAAGGAUGUGUUCGUGUUGUGCUAACUAAUCCAAUCUUAAAGUAUAAAAAGAAAAUAGUGGAAGCUUGCUUGCUGUUUUCAUCACAAAUUUGUUAACGAUAUGGUUACAAUAUGGUUAAUUAAUGGGAAUUGGAUCCGGGAAGAUCUUUUGCGGUGUAAACACUAUAUAAAUGUACAAAGUGGGAAGUCCAAAGAAAAAGUACGAUUUUGAAAGAAAUUGGGUGACGAGGAUUCGAGUCAAAGAUCGUCAGCGGGUGUAAAUCAAAAGUUUAACGAAGCUGGUAAACGUGUUACCAAGACGACGUGUUAAAGCCGAUGAUUAAAAAUUCAGAAUAGCAUUAUCUUCUAUGCCAAAAAGUGAAUUUAUAGUCGCUGAAUAAUAGGAACUGCAUUCUCGUUCGAUAUAUACUUCUUGGAAAACGACGUAAACAGACAAAUCAAAAAUGGCUCAUUCUACUCAUAAAAGGGAAGAAGUCAUGGUCGGCUGGGAAAAGAUGCGAGGCUAUUGGAUCUAUUCAGCUUUUAAAUUAUCAGAAGAUGCGGGCACAAAUGUUAAAACGUAUUUAAAUCAUUUCGUUGGGAACAAUCCUAGAUUUUCUUUCACUAUAGCACAGCUUUACGACGAAAUUUUCUAUGCGUGUAUAACAACAACCCAAAGUUCAGAAAUUAAGCGAAAAUUGGAAAGGAAGUUCAGAAUAGAGUUACCAGACGCUCAAACGCAGGAAUUGCUUGACGGAGGAGGUAGAGAAAUAAAAUCGUUUAGAAACGCCCAUCAAUUCAGACAACUUCGGGAAAAGACUUUGCCUGAACUCAACAAACCAAUCAUAAAGAAUAAGCACGCUGUAGCGAAAAAACACUUUACAACAGUGAGAAAUGAAUUUAAUCAAAGAAAUCAACAUGAAAGUGAAAUCCUGGCAUUUGACAUCGAGGUAUACGAACAUGAUCACUCAAAAAUGCUCGAGAUCGGUUAUGUCAUUGUUCGUUUCUCACCAACACGCUAUCCCAAUGAAGGCAAUCUUCCUAGCAUGAACGUAACGAGUCGAAAGCAUCUAAUAAUUGAAGAAAAUCUUCACUACAAGAAUAAAGAUAAUGUUCCGGAUAAUAGAUAUGGAUUUAAGUUUGGUGUUUCGGAAACUAUGUCGAUGGAAGCUGCUGUUCAAAGGUUUCGCGAAGAUAUAAUCGGUUGUGAUUACAUUCUUGGUCAUUCAGUGAAACACGACGAUGCUUACCUCAAAGAUAUAGGCGUGGAUUUGAGCGUUCUUGGUAAGGCAAUGUUCGACACACAAGUCGUGGAGACCUACAAGGAAAGUUUGAAAGAAAGCAAUAAGUAUUUCAUGCGCGGUUUGUCAAACCUGUUGAGAACGUACAAUCUCGACUACGAGGACAGUCAUCUCCAUAAUGCUGGUUGUGACGCCUUCUACACUAUGAUGGUGUUCUUACGGCAAAUGGGCUACGAUGCUAGCACAGUAAACGCCAUCAUCGCAUCUUAAGAUGGACACAAGGUUCAUUCUUCUACGAAUAUCAUUAAUAGAAAAAUUCAAUAAACCUGUCUAAUUCAAAGAAACUAGAAUGUAGGGGAAGGGGACACUGCUUGACAAACUCUCUCGGAUGUGAGAGUUGAUGUGAGUGAUGUGACUGUAUAGGGUUGAUUAUAAUAAUUGCUCAUAUAUUGACAUACUAUUUUACGUCUUUAUAUGCUUUAUAUAUGUCGCGUGUAUGCAUCGUGGUUUUGAUUAGUAGCAUUUAGAUCUGGGUCUUUCAUUUCAGUAUUUGUAAUUAAACAUACAAAAUGCCAAUUCAGUGUCAGGUAUUUAAUGCCAGCGGCGUAGGAUAAACACCUUUAUGCCUAAAUGAACCAGAGAGUCCAAUCAGGCUGUGUGUAUUCAAAUUAUCUUUGUGCAAGUAUACUAUAGCAUUAAAGGUUAAACCAUUAUACCAAAGACUGUUGGAACAUGCUACAAUUUUUUGGGAAUUAACGACUUAAUAGAAACCGGAAAUGCUAACCGCAAACUUAAAUCAUAUUUAAAAGCAAACCCUGCAGGUUUUCG